GUGGAGUUAACCAAUGGCCUGAGAGUUUGGAAAAUUUUGCAGGGUAGCUUGACUGUAUGGCUUAGCAGACCUUGUGGCAUUUGGGCUGAGGCACACAUAACGUAACUGAAGGGACUCUCCACUCCAGCUGCUGACUCACUUCCCAGGACAAGAGAGAAAGUCAGUGUGAGAGAGAACGUAAAAGAGAAAGCGAUAGAAGAAAAUAAAGAAAGUAAGAGAAAGUUAAUUAGUUGACUAGUAGCUAAGUUUUUGAAGUCACUGUUUUUUUUUUUUUUGGUUCUACCACUACCAGGCAACCAUGGCGGAUUCUAGUGUGCAACUUGAAACUGCAGCCCUUUCAGACAUCUCCGAGGACGAGCAAGUGGAAGAUGAACAUGUGGAGAAGUCGGACUCCCAGGUCAACGGGGUGAUGGUCCUGACUCUUCUAGACAAGAUCAUCGGGGCGGUGGACCAGAUCCAGCAGACGCAGAACAGCCUGGAGCACAGGCAGCAGGAGAUGGAGAGCUCAGUGACGGGCAUCCAGAGCGAACUGACCAAGUUGACCAAGUCCCACACGACCACCAGCAACACAGUCAACAAGAUGCUGGAGAAGGUGCGCAAGGUGAGCAUCAACGUGAAGACCGUGAGGCAGAACCUGGAGAAGCAAGCAGGGCAGAUCAAGAGGCUGGAGACCAACGAGGCAGAGCUGCUCAAGAGACGCAACUUCAAAGUCAUGAUCUACCAGGAUGAAGUGAAGGUGCCCUCCAAGGUAAGUGUGUCCAAGUCCCUGAAAGAUCUGGAGAGGGUGGCGGAAGAGGGCGAGGAGGAGUCUCAGCGUGGCAAGGAUCACGAGCAUGGGGACGAGGAGCAGGAGCAGCUGCAGCUCUCCUCGGACGAGGAGGUGGAGAUCGAGGAGAUUAUCGAGGAGUCGCGGGCGGAGCGUAUCAAGCGCAGCGGCAUGAAGCGCGUGGACGACAUCAAGAAGGCCUUCUCCAAGGAGAAGAUGGAGAAAACCAAGCUGAAGACCAAGGAGAAGAUGGAGAAGACCAAGCUGAAGACCAAGGAGAACCUGGAGAAGACCAAGCACAACAUCGAGAAGAAGAUGAACAAGCUGGGCACCAGGAUGGUCAACACCGAGCGCAAGGAGAAGAUAAAGACCUCUAGGGAGAAGAUGAAGAAGUCCUUCACGCCAGACCACACGGUCUAUGCCAGGUCCAAGACCACCAUCUACAGGGUGCCACCCUUCACCUUUCACGUCAAGAAGAUCCGGGAUGGAGAAGUGGAGGAGGUGAUGAGCACUGAGAUGGUGGAGGUGGGAGAGGACGAGGGCGAGGAGACCACAGAGCUCCUGAUGGAAGAACACAACCCUGAGGUGCAGGCCUUGCUUGAGCUGGCGGAGGAAACAGAUGCCUUCAUGGCUGAAAAGAGAGAUCGAGAUAGAGACAGCGACUAGGAUGUGACACUGAGCAGAGGACUAUGAACUGCAAGACCUGAAAAAUAAUGGACAGAACCUGGGUUUUAAUAUUGUAACAGCUCGAAACCCAUCCUGACAUCCAAACAAUGUAAUGUUUAUUUAGUUUUUUAAGCUUCUGGUCAUGCCCUUAUCUGAGUUUUAGCACACAGUAAAAUAACAAGAGACACACAGUUCAAUAUAAAGUGAAUAUAUUCUGAACCAAAAAAAAUAAAUAAAAAAAAGUCAACUUUGUUGUGCUUUUAAGAGGGAACCUACCUGAAAGCAUUACCAGAGUUCUGAAGUGCCAAAACACACAACAUAAUGUUUAAUUUAUAUUUUAUUCUU